UGAGGGAGCGGCGGGCGGGGCGGCGCCUGGCCCGGCAGGGCCGCGCCGGCUGAGGGGCGUCCAUGGCGCGCGGGCCUCGGCGGGGCGCGGCCGCGGCCUGAGGGCGGCCAUGUCCGGGGUGGUGCGGACCCUCAGCCGCUGCCUGCUGCCGGCCGAGGCCGGAGCCCGCGAGCGCAGGGCCGGCGCGGCACGCGACGCGGAACGCGAGGCCCGACGGCGCAGCCGCGACAUCGACGCGCUGCUGGCCCGCGAGCGGCGCGCGGUCAGGCGGCUGGUCAAGAUCCUACUGCUGGGCGCCGGCGAGAGUGGCAAGUCCACCUUCCUCAAGCAGAUGCGCAUCAUCCACGGCCGUGAGUUCGACCAGAAGGCGCUGCUGGAGUUCCGAGACACCAUCUUCGACAACAUCCUCAAGGGCUCAAGGGUGCUUGUGGAUGCACGUGACAAGCUUGGCAUUCCCUGGCAGCACUCUGAGAAUGAGAAGCACGGAAUGUUUUUGAUGGCCUUUGAGAACAAGGCAGGGCUACCUGUGGAGCCUGCCACCUUCCAGCUCUACGUGCCAGCCCUCAGUGCACUCUGGAGAGACUCCGGGAUCAGGGAAGCCUUCAGCCGCAGGAGCGAGUUCCAGCUGGGUGAGUCAGUGAAGUACUUCCUGGAUAACUUAGACCGGAUUGGCCAGCUGAACUACUUCCCCAGUAAGCAAGACAUCCUGCUUGCCAGAAAGGCCACCAAGGGAAUCGUGGAACAUGACUUCGUUAUAAAGAAAAUCCCAUUUAAGAUGGUGGAUGUGGGCGGCCAGAGGUCACAGCGCCAGAAGUGGUUCCAGUGCUUCGACGGGAUCACGUCAAUCCUGUUCAUGGUGUCCUCAAGCGAGUAUGACCAGGUCCUUAUGGAGGACAGGCGCACCAACCGGCUGGUGGAGUCCAUGAAUAUCUUUGAGACCAUCGUCAACAAUAAGCUCUUCUUCAAUGUCUCCAUCAUCCUCUUCCUCAACAAGAUGGACCUCCUAGUGGAGAAGGUGAAGUCGGUGAGCAUUAAGAAGCACUUCCCGGAUUUCAAGGGUGACCCGCACCGGCUGGAGGAUGUGCAGCGCUACCUGGUGCAGUGCUUUGACAGAAAGCGCCGGAACCGCAGCAAGCCCCUGUUCCACCACUUCACCACGGCCAUCGACACCGAGAACAUCCGCUUUGUGUUUCAUGCUGUGAAGGACACAAUCCUGCAGGAGAACCUGAAAGAUAUCAUGCUGCAGUGACACAGCCCCUCUGCCGUCCUCUCGUGGCCUCCGUGGCCCAUGGUCACACGUCUCUGGUGUGUCGUCACCCGCAGAGACCUGCAGUGGGCAUCUCGAACCCACACCAUCUAAUACCUGGCUCAAGAGACUGCCAGCCACACCAGCGAGCUCCAGGCAAGAGGUCAUAGGAGUGUCAGUGAUAGCUACUGAAUCCGGGGACUGUGAAACUACUGAGUCCACGCCAUUAUUCUGGUGUUGAUCUGUAAACCUGGUAACACAGCUUUCUCCCUCCUUACAGAAACUGUUCCUUGCUGACACAACUUAACCAAGGUUCAGGUACACACAUGCUCUCAUUGACAGAAACACAAACCUAGCUGGCCUUGCAGGUGGCUCUUCCCUCUGACAUGCAGCUCUCAGUAAAACACACUAAUUCAAAAGCUUAGCCUCACGGUAGGCUGUAGAAGGGCAUGCGAUGCUGCUAAGCUCAGUGUCCAAGCUCAGGCCACAGCACCACCUCCCAAAGUGAACACGCUGCCUUUAAAAUUGUGCCAACACCCUCAGAGUCCCCACUCCAGCCACCGAGCCAAGCCAGAUGUCCCCACUCCCUGCUGUAGAGAACAAGGUGGGAGCUGUGAAGCUGCCUUAAUGCCCCAAAAGCCACUCACUUUGUCUGCAUGCCCAGCAGGACAGCAUGGAGAGGCCGUGGCUAGCCUGUGUACACAUAGUGGUGCUCUCUACUCUUUCCCCCAUCCUUCCACAGCCAGUGGCAAAGACACAUAUCUAAGUGGCCUUGUAGUGGCCCCUAUGCCUUACUUGACAGUUGGUGGCAUGUAGUGUCCUCUGUCCUGGGCUCUGAAAGCAGGCCAAAGAGAUGCUCUGCAACCCUAGAGCAUUUUCAUGUCUUGGCCACUUGGUGGGCCCCAGCCACUAGCCCUUCAGGAGAAGCCUGGGCUCUGCAUACCACCCCUCACCAUUGCCUUCACACAGUGCAUUCUGCUCUCAGAGUUGCUGGCAAGCCACCUUCUGUCACUGUGCACACAAAGCCAAGAGGCACCCUCCACACUCUGGUCCAUAAGGUCACAGAAGGCUGGGGACAUCAGCACAACCUGCUACAUCUCAGCCUGGCCUGUCCAGCUUCCUGGCAGGUCACACUGUUUUACAAUCUAUUGCAUUCCAGACAUGCCCCUCUGUACACUAACUAUUCUCUGGGGGGCUGGGAAGGGGCUUAUAACCUACUAGCAUUUGAAACAAAAGAUGAUGUCUAGCCCCAGAGGGUUCUUUGGCUCACUAACACAUCCAAGAGCCCUGUCUGCAGCCACACUGCUCCUGACAUUUGGUCCCUGUUGCAUCGCGGUCUUGGCUCAUUUCAUCCACCAGACAUAUAGGAUUCUUGGAGCAGAUGCUAAGCCAGGAGAAGGGGGGCUACUUCUGAAACCCCACUAUUGCAGUGUUCGCUCAGAUUAGGAAAUAGCAGUCAAUUUCUUGCUCACUUGCUCUCGCUCUCUGCUAAAGAGUUUAUAUAUCAGUGUUUGCUGAGCUUCUGGCUCUUUGCUUUGGGAAGAAAAACAGCCAUUUUGCCUGCUUCACCAAGUCUUCAUGGGCAGAGGGGAUGUGGCCAGCAGCCAUGCCAGGUUCCUCAGGGGUCUUAGGUCUGCACACAGUAAGCAUCCUUGCCAGGUGUCCCAUGUAUCUCAGUCAAUGCCAAGACCCCAAGUAGACACAGGCUGUUUCCCCAGCCACUGUUGGAGGCCGCUGUGACUGAGGUGAGUGGUGGGGUUGUCAGGGAAGAGUGCUGUCCCUCUGACAGCCUGACAUAUGUACCAGUCACUUUCAAAGCUGGAAGCAUGUGAGUAGCAAGAUAUGAACUUCCAACUAGCUGGGCAGGUGGAUGGCCAGAGGCCCAGUGGCUUGGACCAACCCAGCCUCUGGCCCAUUGCCCUGGUAAGCUGAGCCUGGCUGUAUUCUCUGUUAGGAUGCCCCCACUCUGUGAUCCGUGAAGUGGUGCAAUCGGAAAAGGAGAUAGUGUUUGCAGGGCAAGGCUGAAGUUAUUUACAAGUCUCUACACACAGAUUGUAGUCAAGUUUGUCUCCCAGACCUUAGGCUUUUGGGGUUUUUUUUGUUUUGUUUUGUUUUGUUUUGUUUUUUUUUUUAUUUUAAUGUCACUGUUGCCCUUGACUAUUGUCCUUUUUAUUGCAGUGUUGGAGAAGCAGAAGGUAUUAGUGCCUCCUCUAUCACUGCAAAAAAAUAAAUAAAUAAAUGUAACAAUAAACUUCCUUAAAACUCAA